UAAAGGCUCCCAACCUGGGGGUGAUGAGUCACUCUCUCAAGCUGUUUGUAUUCAGAUCAGCUGUCAGAGUUUUGUCUCUUCUUCAGCCACCAACACUGACAGGAUGGAAGAAUCAAAGUGGACAAGUAUCUUCCAGAUGAAAGCAAAGAAUCUCAAACAAGGAGACUCCUGGAGUCUGGAGUUUGAUGACAGUCUUGUGCCCAAACGUCCCAACCCAUGCUGGAAGCUGUGUAUCGGGAGCACAAGUGCAAGGUUCAGCUGCACCAAGUGUGGAAGAGGCUGGCCUUCUGUUCGGGUGAAGGUGGUCUUCCACAUGCGCCUCUUACAUGGGCAUGGCACUGUCAAGGUGAAGCCCCUUGGCCAGCAGUGCAAAACGUGUGAAGGAGCUCCAAUGGAGAAGCCCAGCGUCACCUCCAGGAACAUCGACAUCCUCCUGGAUAAUCUGGUGGAGAAGAUAAGAAUAAAAUGCUACCACGAAGACCUGGUCAGAAGGAACAAGCCUUUUAUAAGCCAUGAUGUCAGCCGUCCCCACGAGCCUGCUCAUUGUGAGGCCUGUACUCAAGGCAUCUGUACAAGGCGUUGAGCUUAUAUGAGUCAGGCUUUUAUAAGAAAAGUAAUUAUUUUAGUUGGGGUUUUAAUGAUGUUUUAUACCCAUAAACUCAUAUUAGCAAAUUGUAUCAAGAUUUAUAUGUAAGACUGUCAUUCUGUUUCAUUGUUUAGCUUUCAUAUUUAUUCUUGCUGGUUGUCUAUUUUCUUUAACAUUUUGUUUUCUCAAAUGCAUUAAACACGCCUUCUUACAAACAGAAAUGUAAUAGAUUAAUAAAGUUUAUACAAGCAAUAAACUAAAUAUAGUUGUGA